UCUAUUUAAAUUCUUCAUUUCUCACAUUACCUCACCACCUUCUAAACAAUCUCUCAACUCCGAUCCCUUAGUUAAGGUUAAGAAAAAGAUCGAAUUUUCAAUGAAAAUUAGGGCUGGAAGUUUCAUUACCAUUUUUGUGUGGGCAGUACUAUGUUUCGUGUUCUUUAACGAAGCAUUAGCGACAGGUGUUACAACUUUUAAUGUUGUCGACUUAGGAGCGGAACCCGACGGCGAAACGGACGCGGCCGAGAUUUUCCAACGGGCGUGGUGUGCAGCUUGUGGGUCCCCGGAUCCGGCCAAGAUUUAUGUGCCGGAGGGAAUGUUUUUGAUCCGGCAAGCAUAUUUUAGCGGGCCUUGCGAGAACAACAACAUUGUCUUUGAAAUUUGGGGCACCCUUGUUGCUCCUUCCGAUUACAACGUCAUCGGCAAUGACGAUAACUGGCUGGCGUUUGAACAUGUUGACGGAGUUGCCAUCAUCGGCGGCAAACUUUACGGUCAAGGCGCCGGCCUCUGGGCUUGUAAGGAUUCCGGCAACGAAUGUCCCAAGGGCGCAACGAACUUGUCAAUUACAAACUCAAAAAACGUUGUCGUCACUGGGCUGCUUUCCCUAAACAGCCAAAUGUUCCACGUCGUCGUCAACCGGUGCGGUAGGGUAACGAUGCAAGACAUUGAAAUCAAGGCCCCCGGAGACAGUCCCAACACAGAUGGAAUUCAUGUUCAAUUAUCAUAUGAUGUUACUAUACUCAACUCUAAAAUAACAACCGGAGAUGACUGCAUCUCAAUUGGACCGGGUGCAAAAAAUUUGUGGAUGGAAAAUAUUUUAUGUGGACCUGGCCAUGGUGUUAGCAUUGGGAGUUUGGCCAAGAAUUUAAAAGAAAAAGGGGUGCAGAAUGUGACGUUGAAAACAGCUACGUUCAAGAACACACAAAACGGAGUGAGAAUAAAAGCUUGGGGUAGACCAAGUAAAGGGUUUGCCAGAAAAAUCGUUUUCAAAGAUUUAAAAAUGAGGAAUGUCCACAACCCCAUUCUCAUCGACCAAAACUAUUGCCCAGACAAUAAAAAUUGUCCGGGUCAGCUCAAUUCUCACAUAGGAGGGACCCCAACAUAUCUCCCCCUACCGACUAUGUGA